AUGGCAACGACUACGGAAAUCUCUUCUACCGAUUCAAUUUCUGGUCGAGACAUUUUAUUUAAGACGCCAGGUCUUCUAGACGAUAGCAAUAAGGAUGCUCCGCACACAAUAACCGAUCAAACGCCCACCCGAUUUUUGGCUCGAUGUUCUAAACUAGACUUGGAACCCAAUCCAUUCGAACAAAGUUUCUCCCAUAUAACUCCACUAGGAGAUACCCCCGGCACCAACAGUCCUAAACCAAGCCUCCCUCCAGUAGCAGAAAUUACCAGUCCAGCAGCAGGAGGAACGAGUGCAUCCGAAAGAUAUGGCUGGAAUUUACAAUCACUCCGUUCCGGUCCAUUAUCUCCCGCAAUGUUGGGAGGACCUCAGAACUAUGAUGGCAUCGGCGUAACAGCAAAUGGCCGCACCGGUACCACUCCUCUCGGUUUCCAAUCUUUUGAAUCCCCUCGAUCGGCUGCUCUCUAUGGCGCACAGUCACUUGCUCUUGCAUCAGCAUUUAACAAUUCAUCAAAUACACUGAAGCCUGGUGGUGGACUAAUGGCUGGCCAGUUCGGGCCCAAGGCUGUGUCUAAUGUGAAUGGGGCAGCCGUUGUCAGUACGCAGAACGGAUCAGAAAUUAAUAAUGAGGACGUAGUACCCACAAAGACAGAACGAGAAGAUUAUGGAUCGAACGCAAUCACAAAUUCGACGACAUCAUCUACUCGCUCAAGAUCGACAAAGUCUAAAACAAAUGGUGUUCGACCACCCAGCCCGACAGACCACAACUCCACAGAAUCUGAAGACGAAAGCGACGAAGCCCAGUCCAACGCAGGAAACGAUGCAUAUACAAAUUCACCAAAGAAUUCAAAGACGAAUCAUCGCCGCAAGGCGUCCGAAGAUCUUACGGAUCAGCCUGCACAAAAGAAGAGCAAUCAAAAGACAAAAAAUGAUUUAUCUGAUGCGGAGAAACGGAAAAACUUUUUGGAAAGAAAUCGCCAAGGCAUGACUAUUAUAACUAGCAUUUCCGCCCUCAAAUGUCGCCAACGUAAGAAACAGUGGCUCGCCAAUCUCCAAGCCAAGGUCGAAUAUCUGACUAACGAGAAUGAACAGUUGCAAAGUCAAGCAACAUCUCUUCGUGAAGAGAUUCUUAAUCUGAAGACAUUGCUGCUUGCGCACAAAGAUUGUCCAAUUGCUCAAGCAAAUGGAGUUUUGGGCAUUGAAGCACUCGCGCAUUCGCAAGCAGGCAUAACAGCACUUCACGGAGUACCGAUAGGUAUGAACAUGGGUAUGUUGCAGAAUACCAUACCAAAUGUACACGCACCAAAUCUUGCGACAGGCGUUGGAGUGCCGAGUGUUCAGCAAUCGGUGAAUGUACCUUCUCACAUACAAGUACAGCCGCAUAUUAGUAAUCACGUCAAUGGGCCUGGGUUUAUGAGAAUGUAA